AAUACUUCUUAUUACACUGCCAACGCCCAUUCCUCGCACGUUCCCCAACACGAUUACUCCCACCCAAAUCUUGGCGGCUUAUAAAUGACAUGCCUCCUUCCCAAAUUCUCCACCUCCGCUGGCCGGUGCCCCCACCUUAAUUUCUUGAUUACUCUCGCACCCGAAUUCAGUUCCAGCAAUCGUAAUUUGCGUCCAAAAGUUGAAUAGAUUCUGAUAUGGAAUCUUUAGUGGAGGCGACUUCCGGUGCGGUGGGUUCACUGGUGAGCACCACCAUUCUGUAUCCACUUGAUACUUGCAAGACUAAGUAUCAAGCUGAGAAUCGAGCCCAUCAUCAUAAAAAAUACAGGAACAUUUCAGAUGUCCUGUGGGAAGCAAUAUCCACACGUCAAGUGUUGUCUUUGUACCAGGGACUGGGAACAAAGAACUUCCAGUCUUUCAUUUCACAAUUUAUCUAUUUCUACGGAUACAGCUUUCUGAAGAGACUUUACUUGAGGGAAAGCGGAGCUAAAUCUAUAGGAACAAGAGCCAACUUGAUCAUAGCAGCUGCUGCUGGUGCAUGCACAGUCAUAGUUACACAGCCGCUGGAUACAGCAUCUUCAAAGAUGCAAACAAGUGACUUUGGGAAAUCCAAGGGGCUCCAGAAAUCUCUCUCAGAGAGCACCUGGAGCGAGUUAUUUGAUGGUCUCGGCAUCUCUCUUCUUCUAACGGCAAAUCCUUCCAUUCAGUAUACCGCUUUUGAUCAGUUAAAGCAGAGAAUGCUGAAGAAGAAGAAUAGGGAAAACAGUGGUGAUGUAACAGCUCCGGAAGCCCUCUCUGCAUUUUCUGCUUUUGUGUUGGGGGCCGUCUCAAAAUGCAUUGCUACCUGUGUAACAUAUCCAGCUAUAAGGUGUAAAGUGGUGAUUCAGUCAGCUGAGUCUGAUGAAAAUAACAACGACAAUGCUCGAUUAAGAUCCCGUAAAACAGUGUCCGGGGCACUCUAUGCAAUUUGGGAAAAAGAAGGUUUACUAGGUUUCUUCAAAGGUCUACAGGCCCAAAUCCUCAAGACUGUCCUAAGUUCAGCAUUGCUUUUAAUGAUAAAGGAGAAGAUCACAAAGUCUACAUGGAUCCUAAUGCUUGCACUAAGAAGGUUUAUGUUUGUAACCAGAACCCGGUUAAAGAGCUCUUGAAGAAGUCUCGGGUUAAGUCCUAUAGGUGUUAACGUACUGUCCAUCGUUUAACAGAGUGAUUUGGUAAAUGCAAUAAAGGUGAAGAUGCUCCAUGGCUGAAUUUCUCAGUACCAAGAAGGAUUCUGCUUCAUUGUAAUUCACUUGUUAGUAUACAAUUUAAGCAAGAUUAGGAACAGAACCUAUGUUGUCGUCCUAAUUCAUUGGAGAGCAAGGAUGUAUCAAGAUUCACUAGAGUGGCCUAUAGAAUGAAACUGCUGUUGUAAAAUUUUUGCCUCUUCCUCAGACCAAGUGGUCGGGGCAGUGACAGUCAGUUGUGAGUGUAUUGUCAUAGUAAAGUUUUGAGGAAAUACUAUUGGUGCUUUGCUUCUUGCACAAACAAGUAUUUGGCUUUUCACCGUCUACUGUUGUAUCUGCAUAUGCCUUUUGCUCUGUUUCUA